AUGGGUAGUUUUGCCAUCUGGUGUAAAAAAGGGCCGGUUUUGAAAUCCAGCCCCCCGCCCGUCCCCAAACGGCGGACGAUCAGCGCAGGCCUGAAGCAGCUCUCGCUCCAGCCCCCUGACUCAGACCACAGGUCACCCGUGGCUCGAUGCAGCGUCAAACGUGCUUCUCAGCACGAAUCUCUGUACGACACCUCCAACAUCUACGGCCUCUCGGCUAUGGAUGGAGUGCCUUUCACACUACACCCCAAAUUCGAAAGCAAGCUCAGUUCUGGCACGAAUGCUAUCCUUGCAGACCUGAAUGUUAAGUCACUUGCCGAUAUCGAGAGAGAGUACAAUUACGCUUUCGUCGUCGAAAGGACGGCCGCUGCCAGGCUCCCACCCAGCGUUUGUUAG